AUGCCGUGCAGGAAGAAAAGAUUGUUGUUUUGUGGAGGGAGAGGAGAAGAUGAAGGCGGGUCAUGUACGAAAGAGGAGGAAGAUGAUCGAUUUGACUCAUUGUCAAAGGAAGGCAGUCAUUAUAGCCUCAGCGUAAGCAUCUUGCCUUCGCUUGGGCCUAUUCGUAGCAACCGCAAGGUCAAGCUUCGUUGCUUCAUUCUCUCUCCUUUUGAUCCCCGUUACAGGAGCUGGGAGACAUUUCUGGUGUUUCUAGUGUUCUACACAGCUUGGGUUUCUCCAUUUGAAUUUGGGUUCCUAUCAACACCUGACAAACCUCUCUCAAUAACAAACAACGUUGUCAACGCAUUAUUUGCUGUCGACAUCGUAUUGACCUUCUUUGUAGCAUACCUUGACAAAACUUCGUAUCUACUGGUAGAUGAACCAAAAAGGAUUGCUUGGAGAUACCUUCGUACCUGGUUUCUUUUUGAUGUCAUCUCCAUCGUCCCUGCUGAAAUUGCUCGGCUUAUAUUGCCCCAUUCUUUCCCAUCAUACGGUUUACUUGCCUUGCUACGUCUCUGGCGUCUUCGGAGAGUCAGUCAAUUCUUUUCCAGGUUGGAGAAAGAUAAGAACUAUAGCUAUUUUUGGGUUCGAUGCCUCAAGCUCAUCUGUGUUACCCUCUUUGCUGCUCAUUUUGCUGGUUGUAUCUUCUACUAUAUAGCUGUUCAUUAUCAUAAUCCGGAAAGGGUAUGGCUGUAUCUUUAUACAGAGGACUGGCAGCAACUGUCGAUAUCGGACCGGUAUGUGACAUCAAUUUACUGGUCCAUAGUCACCCUUACAACCACUGGUUAUGGUGAUCUGCAUCCAAUGAAUGCUUCGGAGAUGACGUUUGACAUAUUCUACAUACUCUUUAAUCUUGGACUGCAAGCGUACUUGGUUGGAAAUAUGACUAACUUGAUUGUCCAUGGAGCAAGUCGAACUAGAGAAUUUAGAGAAAACAUCCAAGCUGCCUCAAAUUUUGCCCAUAGGAAUCAACUCCCAGUUCGCCUGCAAGAUCAGAUGCUUGCUCAUUUGUCUUUGAGGUACCGAACUGAUUCAGAAGGAGUGCAGCAGCAAGAGAUUAUUAAUGCCCUUCCUAAAGCUAUUAGAUCAAGCAUUGCACAUUUUCUGUUCUAUUCAGUGGUUGAUCAAGUGUACUUGUUCCGUGGGGUAUCAAACGACUUACUUUUUCAACUGGUCUCGGAGAUGAACGCUGAGUAUUAUCCUCCCAAUGAAGAUGUGAUUUUACAGAAUGAAGGGCCUACAGAAAUGUACAUAUUGGUAACUGGUGCUGUGGAUCUCAUUGUGCAAAGAAAUGGAGCAGAACAGGUUAUUGACGAAAGAACCACUGGAGAUGUUGUUGGUGAGAUAGGAGUGCUCUGUUACAGACCACAAUUGUUUACAGUUCGGACCAAACGAUUGAGUCAGCUGCUUCGUUUGAACCGCAAUGAAUUUUUAAAUAUUGUUCAGGCAAAUGUUGGAGAUGGAACAAUAAUCAUGAACAAUCUUCUUCAGCAUCUGAAGGAGUCCAAUGAUCCGCUGAUGGAAGAAAUAUUGCAUGAAACAGAACACAUGCUAGCAAGGGGCAGAAUGGAUUUGCCUCUUAGUUUAUGUUUUGCAGCAGCCAGAGGAGAUGAUUUAUUGCUGCAGCAGUUGCUGAGACGUGGCUCAGAUCCAAAUGAGCAGGACAAUAGUGGGCGAACAGCGUUGCAUAUUGCUGCAUCAAAUGGAAGUGACCAUUGUGUAAGUCUGCUUCUAGAGUAUGGAGUAGAUCCUAACAUCAGAGAUCCUGAAGGAAGUGUUCCUUUAUGGGAUGCAAUAAUGGGGAAGCAUGAAUCAGUGAUUAAACUUCUGGUAGAAAAUGGUGCAACGUUAUCUUAUGGUGAUGUGGGUCAGUUUGCUUGCUCUGCUGUUGAACAAAACAAUUUAGAUUUACUCAAGGACAUUGUGAAAUAUGGAGGGGAUGUAACACAGCCCAAGAGCAAUGGAACAACAGCGAUCCACGCUGCAACCUGUGAAGGAAAUGUUGAAAUGGUUAGGUUCUUGUUACAGCAGGGAGCGGAUAUUGAUGCAAAAGAUUCCGAUGGAUGGACAGCAAGGGCUAUGGCAGAUCAUCAGGGCCAUGAAGAGAUACUAGCAUUAUUCGAAAACCAGAUAGAGGUCAAGAAAUUAUCACUUGUCAAAAUUCCAAAGAAGCAAGUAGCACAUGCGAAGGCCAUUGCCAAGUACAGGAGCGAGCCCACAAUAACUCCAUAUACUUCUGAAGUUGUGCCACCAGCUCCUGAUUUGACAUGGAUGAACAACCGUCCAAGGCGAAAGGCAAAUACUUUUCAUAAUUCACUAUUUGGUAUUAUAUCAGCUGCCAAUACCGGUGAAAGUCCUUCAGCUGCAGGCGUUCCAGGUUUUUCAGCUUUAGGCAACUGUUCGGUCAGAGUCACGAUCCGUUGCCCCGAAAGAAGUCAAGUUCCCGGUAAGCUCAUUCUUUUGCCAAAGUCCUUUCAAGAACUUUUGGAUAUUGGUGCCCAAAGAUUUAGCUUCUCUCCUACUAGAGUUAUGACAGAUGACGGAGCUGAAAUUGAUGAUAUAGAGCUUAUUAGGGAUGGUGAUAAACUUAUUCUUGUAAGUGAUGCAUAUGAAAUUCCAACAAGCCAGAAGGUUGAAGGUUCAAUUCAAAGCAGUAAACCCAACACUCAUGGUUAAUUAGGCGUGUAUGCAAGUCAAUAGUUGAUGUAUAUAUCCCUUACCCCAAUGAGUUGGGUUCAAAUCUCCUCAUCCCAUGUACAAUAUUGAUUGUGAUUCAAAAGAGAUGGAGUUCUCAUAAUAG